AAAGCCUAGGAGAUUCUUGAAACUACACACGAAGGGGAUGAGCGAGUCAAGACAGCAAAAAUCCAGAUUCUCAUGACUAAAUACGAAAGCCCGCGCAUGGAUGAAAAAGAAAGGAUAGCAGAUUUUCAUGGAAGAGUAAGGGAGCUGGCAAAUGAAGCUGAAAAUUUGAAGCGGCCCUUCACCGAAGACAGUUUAGUUUUAAAGGUGUUGAGAGCUCUACCAGAAUCCUAUGCAAUGGAUGCCAAAGCAAUUCGUCACGCACAUGAUAUCAAGAAUAUGACUUUAGAUCAACUCAUGGGGAAUCUAGAGACUAUUGAACUGCAAAUGAAAGAAGAGCUCAAGCAGAAAAAGAAUGAUAAUCCAAUUACUUUUCACAGCCUGGUUGAUGAAGAUGACAAUGAGGAUGAUACAGCACAAGACGAGGAUUUUCAAGAGCAACUGUCACUCUUCACUAGACAGUUCAAAAAACAAUGGAUACAAAAGAAGGGAAAGAACAACUUUCAGGGUGAUUCCUCCAAAGGAAUACAAUUUAGAAAUACACGAGAAAGGGAGACAAGACCUUCAAAUGAUGAUUUCAAGAAAAAGGGCCCUCAGUGCUUUGAAUGGGGAGGUUUUGGUCAUAUUCAAUCUGAAUGUGCUAAUAAUCUCAAAAAGAAGAGGCAAACUUUCAUGUCAACCUGGAGUGAUGAUGAGGAAGAAACAGAAGAUGUUGUGGGGAAUAGCAAUUGUGCCUUUGUCACCCAGUACGAAGAAGAAAACGUUGAGGAUGCAGCUGAAAAACUCACAGUACUACAAGAGAAGUGGACAGAGCUUCUUCUUAUCCAUAGGAAGAACAUAUUAGAAAAAAACAAACUGGCAGCAGAAGUAGAUGAUCUUCGAAAGAAACUGGAUGAAGUCAAGCAGCAGCUGAACCAAACUGAAGGAGAGAAGUCUGAUCUGAAAUAUGAACUCACUCAACUUAAAAGCUAUCAAAAGUGGAUGAAGAGUGCAGGGGCUGAAAAGAUCGAGGAGAUGGUGAGCACGUCAAAAUUCUAUGGGGACAGAUCUGGAAUUGGGCACACAGUAUCCGAAGGUAGCAAGACUCCACUGGACCUGUUCACUAAAGAAUCAAGGGACAUCACCAAAGAACCAGAGACAAAGGAGUUUCCUGAAAGCGACUCGAGCAAGGGCAAGGAGAAAGUGGUUCAGCAUCCAACCUAUCAUACUAAAUCUGGAUUAAUUUGUGUAUAAAAGAAGCAAAGAGAAUCGGUUGAACAGGGAGACGGAUAGAGACGAGAGAACAGAUCGGAGCAGAGCAGGUGCCGACCUAGGGUUCCUACCCUAGGUCCGGCGACGGCAAUUGAACAGCGGGGAAGACAACGGGAGGUCUGGACGGCGACGACAAUUCCGGCAACGGAAAUUGAAGCGACGGACGGCAACUCCGACCCUAGGCAUAUUCUGAGCGGCGGCCAUGGAUCGAGAAAUUUCUUUGGCAGCCAUUUCUUUUCUUUGGCAGUGAACGAACGGAUGAAGGAGCAAUACUCAGGGGAGCAAUUUUCUCCUUUUUAAUUUGAUUCUUUAAUUAAGACUUUCCAAUUUAUAAGUUUCACAAUUUAUGAAUUUGAUUGUCAGUAUUAAAUAUGUUUAUUUUCAAUUCCAUGUUUGUUGAUUGUUUAAGUCAUAUUAUAAGUGUUGAAUUGUUUGUGUUG